GAUUUUCUUCAAGGGUUCCUACAAGAGCCACUGAAGCUGAAAGAUCAUCCUUACCUGCAUGUGGAUUUAGUCCUCUUUUGGGAAAGAAUUCCUGAAAAUUCUAGGAUGAGUUUCUCCCAGACUGGGGAUAAUUUAAGGAUUCCUUCUCAACCAUCCUCUUCCCAGGGAUUAAGACAUUGUCACAGGACAGUGACUUCCCAAGACAGCAGCCAGACAAAUUCAAGGAUGUACUUCGCAUAUAUUUUAAUAUUGCUUAUUCUGACUCCAAGAGUUGACUCUUCUUGGUGGUAUAUUGGUGCCCUGGGAGCUAGGGUGAUCUGCGAUAACAUCCCAGGAUUGGUGAACAAGCAGAGGCAGCUUUGUCAGAAGCAUCCAGACAUCAUGCAAGCGAUUGGCGAGGGAACCAAGGAGUGGAUCAAGGAGUGUCAGCAUCAGUUUAGGCACUAUCGCUGGAACUGCAGUACCCUGGACAGAGACCAUACAGUCUUUGGGAGAGUCAUGCUAAGAAGUAGCAGAGAAACAGCCUUUGUCUAUGCCAUUUCCUAUGCCGGAGUCGUUUAUGCUAUUACUCGAGCUUGCAGUCAAGGUGAACUUAAAUCAUGCAACUGUGAUCCUAAGAAAAGGGGUCGUUACAGGGAUGACAGAGGGGAGUUUGACUGGGGAGGCUGCAGUGACAACAUUGACUUUGGGAUUGAGUUUGCCAAAGACUUUGUGGAUGCCAAAGAAAGGAAGGUGAAAGACGCACGAGCUUUGAUGAACCUGCACAAUAACCGUUGUGGAAGAAUGGCAGUUAAACGUUUUAUGAAGCUUGAAUGUAAGUGCCACGGGGUCAGUGGGUCAUGCACAUUAAGGACUUGUUGGCGUGCUAUGUCAGACUUUCGAAAAACAGGGGACUAUCUCAGGAGAAAAUACAAUGGGGCGAUCCAGGUCACCAUGAAUCAAGAUGGCAGCGGUUUCACAGUGGCCAAUGAGAACUUCAGGAAACCCACAAAAAAGGACUUGGUUUACUUCGAGAACUCGCCUGAUUAUUGUGUGAUGGACAAGUCUGCAGGUUCUUUGGGCACUGCCGGUAGAGUGUGUGACAAGGUCUCCCGAGGAACAGACGGGUGUGAGGUCAUGUGCUGUGGAAGAGGUUAUGACACCACUCGAGUCACUCGUAUCACCAAAUGCGAGUGUAAAUUCCACUGGUGCUGUGCAGUGAGAUGCAAAGAAUGUGAGGAGACAGUAGAUGUACAUACUUGCAAGGCACCAAAGAGAGCAGAAUGGUUGGACCAGACCUGAACCAAACUACGUGAGCCACACUGGACAAGGAGUCAUGGGCCCCCGCGGGAUUCUGGGUGUAAGUGUAGUCUGGCUGCAUGGCUUCUUAUUUAAAUAAUUCUGCAAGGCACUAAAGACAGGACUACACUUCCCAGGAUGCAGCGCGGACCCUGUGACAAAGGCUAGAAAGCAACCAAACUUUUCUGUUUGAGAAGUUUUUAUAUCACAUACACUGUUCUCAAAUUGUGGUGUCUGGUCUACUGAUGACACACCUUUGAUGAGACAUUCAAACUUAAGUUCUCUCAUGCAUCGUGUGGCUUUUUUCCAUCACUAAAGGGGACUAGUCCAUAUAUUAAAGUUAUUUUGAAAGAUAUGCUAUGUAUAUACUAUACAAUACUAUAUUGGUGAAAAAGCCAAAUUAUUUUCUGGACAAGGAAAUAUAUGGGAACCUCCGAAAAAAGGACUAAUUUGAGCUUCGCUGUUUAUUAAUAUCACUUCCACACAAGCACUGGGAAGAUUUCACCUACAGACAAGUUCCACAAGGAAAUACUUCAGAUUCCCCAGGUGCAAGCCAUUUUGACUUUAGACUUUUGUCCUAUUUCAUCUCUUCCAAAAGAAAAAAAAGGGAUUUCUUUUAUUUAAUUAUUUUUCUUAAACCAGUAUCUUCAGUAACAUUUCUGAAGCUGCCUUGAAAGCAAUGGGGAUUUAAAAAGAAAAAAUGAAAAACAACAUCACCAAGAACUCACAAAGAGAUCCAUAGAUGGGACUGAGAUGCCCCCAACAUUGUAGAAUUGCUUGUACGUUGUAUAUACUGCUUUGAUAUUUUUUUAAAAAAAAAAUACCUAUAAACGUAUAUUACAAACAGAUUUUUGUAUUUUAUUAAAUGUCAGUAUUAUGUUUUUAUUAGUGUACAGCAGGAAAAGUGGGGGUACAAGCAUUUUUUUUUAUAUUUUACACAUAUAUAAUUUACAAAGACUUUCUUAUACCGGGUGAAUUUAACGUACAGGUAGAGUUUAAUUGAAAAACAAUGCUGUAAUAUUACGUUAAACUGUAUUUUACCAACAAUGUUUAUCUCUGCAUUAUUAAUAAAAAUAUGGUUUCAGAGAUAACUGGCUUGGAAAGAAGGUGGGUGUAGA